UGCGCCCUCUCAGCCGUGCCCCGGCGGCCGUCGCGCAUGCGCAGGGGUCCGGGGCUGCAAAUGGCGGCGGGUCUGCGCCAUGUUGCGGUGGCUUGUGGCUGUGCUCAGUCACUCCUGCUUUGUCUCCAGGAGUGACAGCAUGUUCUAUGCGGUGCGCAAGGGUCGGCGGACGGGGGUCUAUCGCACCUGGGCGGAGUGUCAGGAGCAGGUGAACAAGUUCCCCUCCGCCAGCUUCAAGAAGUUCGCCACCGAAAAGGACGCUUGGGCCUUUGUGCAGGGCGGUCUUCUGGGGCAGGAGCAGCAGCCCGGGUCCGCAGGGGCAAGUGGUACUCCAGCUGUAACACAGGAAAAUGGUAACAAGAGAGAGGAGCUAAAAGGAAGCAUUUUGUGUUGUAAUACAUGCAAAAGGCCAUAUGAACAGUCUACAAAUGAAGAACAUACUGCAAAGCGUGUAAAACAUCAUGAAGUAGCCUCAACACCCACAGUCAGUGAAGAUAAAUUUUCAUAUAUGGGUGACUUUGCAGUUGUUUAUACAGAUGGUUGUUGCUCAGGUAAUGGACGCAAUCGAGCACGUGCUGGAAUAGGUGUCUACUGGGGACCAGGCCAUCCUUUGAAUAUCAGUGAAAGGCUUCCUGGACGGCAGACUAAUCAAAGAGCAGAAAUACAUGCAGCCUGCAAAGCUAUAGAGCAAGCAAAGAGUCAAAACAUCAAGAAACUAAUUAUCUACACUGAUAGCAAGUUCACUAUUAAUGGUAUUACAAGCUGGGUUGACAACUGGAAAACAAACGGCUGGAGAACAAGUUCAGGAGGAAGUGUAAUAAAUAAAGAAGAUUUUAAAAGACUUGAUGAUCUAUCAAAAGACAUAGAAAUCCAGUGGAUGCACAUUCCUGGUCACGCUGGCUUCCAAGGAAAUGAAGAAGCUGAUAGACUAGCAAGAGAAGGAGCUAGAAAACAAGCAUCCUGACACACUGAGACUACAGACUGUAGUCACAGGAAAAGGACUAACAUCCCAGUGACCACAUGGACUGCUGUAAAUGCUUUAGAGUUGAACAUUGAGAUGUAUAUCUUUCUGGGCUGAAGCAUUACAUAUGUAUCUGCUUCUGAAGUGGAAGAACCCACAUUUGCUUCUGUAGCCUAUGUUUUACAAUCAAGUCAAUAUUUAGUUGAUGAUACAGAGAGCUUGCUUUUUCUUCAUCUUACUUGAAGGGCUGCAGUCAGUGUUUUUAGCUGUUUUGAAGACUUGUGAAUUCACUGAUAAAGACAGGCUCCUGAAGAGGUAAUGUUAACCCUCAAGAAGUAAUCUUCGGUCUUUAUCCCAAAUGUGUAUUUUUUUCUUAAUGAAAUAAAUGGGUUGGUUUUUUUA